AUGCCUAUAGCAACAAACGGUGCACAUAUUGGAUCGCCUGUCAAGAAUCAAUCUUACAAUCAAGAUGUCGACGAUGAUCGUCGAGAACUUGACCGACCAGCUGAUGUCGUCGAAGAUAUGCGACAAAUGGGCCAACGACAACGUGUCAAAACAAUCCUCAAUUCAAGAGAAUUUCGUGACGAACUCGAAGCGAUUAUCACCGACGCAUUGAAACAUGGUCCACAUCCCGCAUCGUUGAUCGCGUUACAACAAAUCUCCGAACUAUUAUUACCACACACAUCGCGUUGGACAACCGUUUCUUCAUUAUCGCGUGCAGGUGGAUCUGUUAUUGUGCCAAUCAAUGACAUACGUGGUGUAGACUCACAGGGGUACUCGAAAAGUGAACGUUUACUUCGUUGUAAACUAGCAUCACUUUACCGUCUCGUUGAUCUUUUCGGAUGGUCACAAGGCAUUUACAAUCAUAUAACGGCUCGUGUCAAUCAAGAGCAGGAACAUUUCUUAAUUAAUCCAUUUGGUUUAAUGUAUCACGAAGUAACAGGCUCAAGUUUAGUCAAAGUUGACAUUGCUGGUAAUGUCAUUGAUUCGGGCAGCACAACGUAUGGAAUAAAUCGCGCAGGUUUUACACUUCAUUCGGCUAUUCACAAAGCACGACCGGAUAUAAAAUGUAUUAUUCAUUUACACACACCAGCCGUUGCUGCUGUUUCUGCAAUGAAAUGUGGACUGUUACCAUUAUCACAGGAUGCUUUAUUUUGCGGUAAAAUCUCCUAUCAUGAUUACCGUGGCAUCUUGAUCGAAGACGAUGUUAAGAAACUUCUUGUGGAAGACUUAGGUCCAAUCAAUAAGGUUAUGAUCUUACGUAAUCAUGGAUUUGUUGCAUGUGGUGAAACGAUUGAAGAAGCUUGGAAAUACGCUUACAAUGUUAUAAAUGCUUGCGAAGUUCAAGUUCGUGCCGCACCCAUCGGUAUUGAUCAGUUGUACUUACCAUCGAGUGAACAACAGAAACGGAUAUCCGAUGUACUCCAAGGCAAUUUAAAUGAAGCAACUGGAGAUAAAAAAUGGAAAAUAGGUGAAUUAGAAUUCGAAAGCUUGAUGCGCAUCUUGGAUAAUGCUGGCUUCCGUACGGGUUAUGUUUACCGUCAGCCGUUGAUUCGUACAAUUGAUAAAACAACAACAUUCAAAGAUAUCGAGGUUCCACCGGCUGCUUCGUCGGCGACAACAUUUGUCGAACAACUACUUCCCGAAGCUUAUUCACCAACACGUCAAGCUCAACGUACAACUGAAUGGCGUAAUUCACCAAAUGCUUAUUUACGACAAGAAGUAGAAGAAACAGGAACACCCAAUCCAAAGAAGGUUACUAAGUGGGUACCGGACACGGGCUUGAAACAUUCAACUCCAAUAAAAAUUGAUACAAAACAUCAAUUUGCUCCAAGUAACGUCGAUCCCAAAGAAUUGAAGAGUCAUCAGAAACAAAUAAAAGAAGAUCGCUUCAAUGAAAAAGUCUCUGCUGGUUAUCAAUCGAAACUUCUUGACAAUGGCGCUUGGGACGAUGCUACACAAACAAAAGAUCCUCAUCAACCAUCAACGGAAGCUGUCAUUGUUGUCGGUGCAGCAUCGAAAGGUAUCAUAAAACGUGAUCAACAAAACAAUGCUGUCGUUUACAAAACUUAUUACGCUCAAAAUCCAUUUGCUCACAUGGACGAUCAAGAAAUCGAAAAAUACAAACGAGAAGUUGAACAAAACCAAAUGCGUGAACAAGGUAUGUUUAAGCAAGAUUAA